AUGGAAUGGGUUCGGGAAUGCAUGGUCUUGUUAGAGGAAAAAAACUACUCAUGGGUUGCGUCUCUUUCUGCCAUAGAUUUUCUGGAAAAUAACCUCUGGGAAGCUGAUCGGUUUCCGAUUCAUUUAAAGAAUCAUCUUUGGUGCUUUCCAGCCCAUGAUUUUUGCUCAGAGGCCGGGGAGGGGCUGAUACCAGAUUUUUUUGAACUGCAUCAAGGAGGCUUCUUUCAAAGAGAUGCAGAACUGCAGGCACUUAGGGAUCUUUUGUCCCGAGUGCUGACCUUUGAAGAUGUCGAUUUGAAUGAUAAAACGCAGUAUCUAUUGAGCAGGAAAAAUGAUGCAAUUGCUGUCUCGCAGCAUUUAACGAUGGGUAUGUCUCCAAAGAAGAAACACGAGGUUGUCAUUAUGUCGGGCAUUUUUGAUUCGUUGCUUUCUGGCCCAAUCGAUAAGAUUGUGGAGCUUGGCUGCGGGCAUGGAUAUCUUUCGUCGUUUUUAGCCCUGAGUGGCCAAAGAAAUAAUCGCUCCAUCCUGGGAAUCGAUCUAUCAGAGCUCAAUUGUCUUGCUGCAAGCAAAAGGCAUUUCAAAAUCUCCAGAGCAAAGGCAUUUAAAGCGACGGCAGAACAUGUUAACAUCAACUUCCGGCCUGGAUAUUUUUCGGAGAACUCGCCCAGGGGGCUUUAUGACGGAGAGGAGGACAGAUGGUCUAUUUGGACCUCAUUGCACGGAUGUGGUAACCUAUCUGUAUCGAUGAUACGAAAAUGGGCCCAAGAAGAAACGGCAAAAAUUCUUUUGCAAGUCGGCUGCUGCUACCAUCGGCUAGAUGUUCCUGGAAACUUUCCACUUUCAAGGCAUUUUUGCGAAAUCAAAUUAACAAAGGGACAUCUAAAUUCGGCGUGCCAAGCUCCUCCUGAGCGGAGAAUUUCACAUAAGGAGAUGCUCCUGCACUACUAUGGCGCGCUUUUCCAUGUAUUUUUUGCUGUGUUUCUUGCUUUAGGUCUUUUUGAUUCCUCUUCGUUGCCUUUUCUUGGAUCCAUGAAAGCUGUGCCUGUGCAUUUGGGCUUUGGUGCGUUUGCACGCGCCAUAUUUGGACAUGAGCGGAAACCUUUCCAGGGCGGGGAAAAGUUUAAAAACCUUACCGACGCGUGCUUCAACGCAAUUCUUCCUGAAUUGCAAAGUUCUGACGCAUUUCGUAAAUUAUCGCUUUUGUUUGCAAUCCAAAGGUUACUCGGUCCCUGUUACGAGAUGCUCAUUCUUGCAGAUCGUGUCCAAUGGCUUCGAGAAUUGGGAUACAUCGGAUCGCUAAUUCGCAUUUUUGACCGAAAAGUCUCGCCCCGUUCCUACCUUGUUUCGGCCUACAAACAACAACUGUACAGUAGCCAGCUAAGUUAUUAA